GACCAUUUACCAUCAAGUAAAAAAAAAUAGAUGUUUACAUCAAUUCUUUAGAACGGUCCACUUUACAAUUUUCUUUUUGUGUGUUAUCUUCAUUUCUUAUAAGCAUUUGAAAUCUCUUAAAAAUAGAAUAAAUUAUUGUCACAAUACGCUCCACUUACAAAACGCAAGACGUUAACAAACUGCUUUUAUAACUCGCAGUGUGGUUGUAAACUGUACAUAAAUCGUGAAACAAAUACAUUACGUAAGAAUGGACACGUAAACCGGAUUCAUGAAUCAGAUGGAAUUUAGUUAUUCCAGGCGCUAUUUUCACAACGGGUCAUGUACAACGAUAGGAGGCGUCAGUCAGCCGCGGUUCGUUACGGGCCCCACCAUGAAAAUACGCUUAAUAACAUAUUAUUGAGAGCAAGGAACAUGGAAAGUACCUUAAAUAAUCUUAAAAAGGAAGCUGAAUAUAUAACUCAACGUAGUUGGGUCAUUAAGAAGUCUAACCUUGGGGGCAGAGGAUUGUUUGCAAGUAAAUUCAUAAAGAAAGGUUCCCUAAUAUUUACCAAUAAACCACUGGUGAUAGGCCCUCGCGCGGAUUGCGCGGCAAAAACUUAUUGUUCUAUUUGUUAUGUAAUAAGUGAGUUCUGCUAUCCCUGUGAUAAGUGCUCUUUAUUUAUUUGCUCUAAAGAAUGUGGAAUAUCACAAGAACACGCCAAAGAAUGUGCCUUUAUUCUUGACUAUUGGAAACCGAAGACUCCCUGUGAUAAAAAAUCAAAAGUUUUAAAUCAAAUGCUGAUAUAUUUACGUUUUUUCUUAUUGAAUGAAGAACAAAAGCAAUUGGUAUCAUUCCUGCAAAAGAGUAACAACUAUUCUGAUUUUGAAGAACUUAAAGCAUUAUGUUCUCAAUAUGAAAUACCUAAAUAUCAAGUACAGUUUAUUCGAACGAUAAAUGCUAUGAUAAAACUAAACUCAUUCCGGAUUUCCGAAAGUUCUUGUAAGAAAACAAUACCUUUACGUGGUAUUUUUCACUUAUCAUCUUUUCUAAAUCAUAGCUGUGUACCGAAUACAAGAAAUGUAUUUAAGAAUGAUUACACUAUGUGUGUUUUCGCAAGUAAAGAUAUUGAAAUAGGAGAAGAGAUCUUGACCUGCUACACUGGAAUUUUAUGGUGCACCCCUGUGAGGCGUUGUCAUUUAAAGAAAACUAAGAAUUUUUGGUGCAAAUGCCGCAGGUGUGCAGACCCCACCGAAAUGAAUACAAAGCUUUCAGCUCUAAAAUGUUUUAAUAAGGAAUGUGUUGGAUUCCUUAUACCUUUGGUACCACUGAAUCCUGAAACUGAAUGGCGCUGUGACAAUUGCAAAACAAUAGCAACACCUCACCAUGUGAGCACUGUGCAUAGUGUAUUGGGUAGCUUAGUGGGAAUUUUAGACCUAGAUGACAAAUUUCGUCUAGAAACGGUCAUAUUAGAAAAGAUAUCAAAUUUUAUACCUUAUUCGAAUCACAUUUUUACGGAUCUGCGGUUGAGGUUGGCAUUAAAAAUUGGAUUUACAGAAGGAUUAAAACUUAACGGUAUACUGAAAUUUAAUAAUGCAAACAAUACAUAUUGUCUUUGUAAUCUUUAUCAUAAUGCUAUAUGUAUUAUUCUACUAACAAUGAUGUCUAAUAAAAACCUUUAUAACAACUUCUUUGUUAUAAUUAUUUAUAUCGGCUUUGCUUACGCACAGAUAAUAUAA